CUUCCAGACCAUCGAGUUUUCCUGGGUUGUCCCUGUCUCUGGCGAAAACUUUCAAGUCGGAGGUACAGUACCUGAUUGUUAAACCGCCCAGGAGCUUCAGGUUGCUGUACGUAAUUUAAACGGAUCUACUCAAGUAUUCCACCCCUGCAACUUGCGUCAACCACCAAAUCUCCAAAUCUCCAGUAAGCAUCCACGAACCUCAAUUGCCAUCAACUGCAAUUGAAACCAUCAUGGAUCUCAACGCCUUGAUCGACAAAGUCCCCCAAGGCCUUCUACUCGGUCUGGCUACUCUCGGGCUAGCUACUGCCAGUUGGAAGGUAUUCAAAUACGUCCGCUUGCUAUUGAGUCUUUUCGCCUUGCCUGGAAAGAACGUAAGUACCCGCAUGUGAAAUAUCACACCACAAAACUAACUCGUCACCCAGCUCCGAGCAUACGGGAAGAAAGGAACCUGGGCAGUCAUCACCGGAGCCUCGGAUGGAAUAGGCAAAGAAUAUGCCAUUCAACUCGCUCAAAAAGGCUUCAACCUUGUCCUCGUCUCUCGCACUGAAUCGAAACUGCAAACUCUCGCCCAAGAAAUCGAACAAAAAUAUGUUGGCACCUCUGUCAAAUGCAAGAUCUUGCCUAUGGAUUUCUCGAAGAAUGACGAUGGGGAUUAUGCCAAGUUGAAGGCGUUGGUUGAUGGACUAGAUGUUGCGAUCCUGAUCAAUAACGUGGGACAAAGUCAUUCUAUCCCCGUUCCUUUCAUCCAGACGCCCAAAGACGAGAUCCGCGAUAUCAUUGCGAUUAACUGCAUUGCCACCCUCCGCGUCACCCAAAUCGUAGCACCCGGCAUGGUCCAGAGAAAACGCGGAUUGAUCCUCACCAUGGGCUCCUUCGGUGGAUGGAUGCCCACUCCCCUCCUAGCAACCUACUCCGGCAGCAAAGCAUUCUUGCAACAAUGGUCCACGUCCUUGGCUGGGGAACUGAAAGGCACAGGCGUCGAUGUCGAGUUGGCCCUCAGUUAUUUGGUUACCACAGCUAUGAGCAAGGUUCGACGAACUAGUGCCAUGAUUCCUAAUCCUAGAGCGUUUGUCAAGGCGGUUUUGGGUAAGAUUGGCAGAAGUGGUGGGGCGCAGAAUAUGGCUUAUACUAGUACGCCCGUUUGGAGCCAUGCGUUAAUGCAGUGGUGGAUUGAAAAUACCUUGGGCCUUGGGAGUGCUUUUGUGGUUAAUAUCAAUAAGAAUAUGCAUGUGGAUAUCAGGAAGAGGGCUUUGAGAAAGGCUGAGAGGGAGGCGAAGAAGGCUUGAGAGGGUUCAUUCGAAAAGGGAAGAUAUGAAAUUUGGGCGUGUUAUUACUUCGGUGGACUAACGGUAUCAUUUGGUACUAGCGCAUCGGAUUGAAGGCAUUAUGCAGCAUCAGUUGGAAGAAUAAAUAUGGUCUUAGUUGUUCUAGACUGUUCCUUGCAACGUUCACUAGGUAGGCAGCCAGGUAGCUGGAUGUGGAGCAGCUUUAGUAUUGCAGAUAGCAGCAACCUGUAACCAGUAUACACAAUUCAAUAUAUAAUUCAUGAUAAAAAUAUAA